CAAAAUUUUCAUCACGUAAAUGUCUUCCACCUAAGAAAUUUGUACUUUCUUAUUAAUAUGUCACACAAUAUUUUAAAAUCUAUGGGGCAUGGAUUUUGUGAUGCCAUUUUUUCCAGUUCGCCCAUUAAUUUUGACAAGGAAAAUACAAAUUCUCUUAAUAAACCAGAAAAUACAUGCUCUGGUUUAUUUGAGACGCCUCAAAAAGAGACUGAAAAUAAAAAUGAAAACAAAUGUUUAAAACGCGAGAAUCGUAAAAUACUGCUUCAUACUGAAAUAGUUGAUAAUUCGAAAUUGACAAAUGCACCUUUUAAUGCAAAUCUCAAUCGUUCGAAAUCCAUAAAUGCAUUUCAGAGGAAACAGAUUUUAUUUCCUGAAAACGCAAUACCUAAUGAAAAACAGAAAACUUCUACAAAAGUAGUAUCUACUACAUCAUUGUAUGAUAAAACAUCGACUAUAAAUUUUUGUACUCCUAAACAAUAUAAAUUACGCUCUGCUGUAAGCAAUACAAAAAUGAAUGUUUUACCUUUAAACAAAACACCCAUAAAACAAUAUUUUAAUGACAAUGUUUUGUCUAAUGCUACACCCGAUUGCUUUAGCAUUGUACAAGUAGAAACACCAUGCAGUAAAACAAAUGAAAUCUGUAUUGAGGAUCAAACAGUGUGCGACGGCGAAAGUAGUAAUUUAAUUGUGGGAAUACGUAUUAGGCCUUUGAAUACAAAAGAAUUAAACGACUCGAAGAUUACAUCGGUUGUGCAAAUAAAUGGUCAGAAUAUUAUUGUCAACUGUGACUCUAUGCAACAUACAUUUAUGUAUGAUCAUUGUUUUAUAUCGCACGCGGAUGUAACUAAACCUGAUCAUGCUAAUCAAGAAACUGUAUUUAAGACCAUGGUUUUACCAUUAGUACAAAAUGCUUUUGAGGGCUAUAAUGUUUGUUUGUUUGCUUAUGGGCAAACAGGUUCUGGUAAAAGUUACAGUAUGAUGGGUCAAGAAUCAUUACAGAUGAAUUCAACACAGAUUGAUGAAGCAACUGGUAUUAUUCCAAGAUUUUGCCAAGAAUUGUUCACAAGAAUAUCUACAAAUACGAAUACCAAGACUACAGUAGAAAUUAGUUACUUUGAAAUCUAUAAUGAAAAAAUACAUGAUCUCUUAACAACCGUUAAUAAUGGAAUAAAGAGAGCUCCUCUUAAAGUGAGGGAACAUCCUACUUAUGGUCCAUAUAUUGUUGAUCUGAGUCAACAUUGUGUGCAAAAUUACAAAGACUUACAAACUUGGCUCAAAGUAGGUAAUUCGCAACGAGCUACUGCAGCAACUGGAAUGAAUGAAAAAAGUUCAAGAUCUCAUAGUAUAUUUAGCAUUAUAUUAACUCACGCACAACUAAAUAACCAGGUAGAUGAAGAACAAAUGGAUGCUAGUCGUCGUAGUAAAAUUAAUUUAGUAGACUUAGCAGGCAGUGAGAGAUUGAGUCAGACAUGUGCCAGUGGUGAUAGAUUAAAGGAGGGUGUAUCCAUUAAUAAAUCAUUGCUCACGUUAGGAAAGGUAAUCGCAUCUCUUGCCGAAAAUAUGAGUAAUCGUAAACGAGGGUUCGUUCCAUAUCGAGAAUCGGUUCUUACAUGGCUCUUGAAGGAAAGUCUCGGUGGAAAUUCCAGAACAGCGAUGCUUGGGACCGUAUCAUCAGCUAAUAUACACGUGGAAGAGACACUUUCAACCCUUCGAUACGCUUGUCAAGUCCGGGCUAUUGUUAAUCGUAUUCGAAUUAACGAAGACCCGCACGAAAAGUUAAUUCGCGAGUUGAAAACAGAAGUUUUACGAUUACGUGGUGUCCGUGAGGGAUAUGAAAGACAACUUGGCGGCAUUCCACGACGUCUCCUCGAUUCUAUUGAGCCGAUUACCGAAAAUAACGAUGAAAUCAAACAAAAACAACGAGAAAUCGAUAAACUGAAAAAUCAACUGAAAAAAACCGAGGAACAGCUUACAGUUACCCAGACGACUUGGCAAAAUAAAUUAUGGGAAACCGAGAAGAGGAAAAAUUCCGAAUUAAAAUACUUACGUCGCUGUGGAAUCGCUAUUGAGAUUGAUAUUCACGGGAACGACAAACAACCUUGUCUUAUAAAUCUCGCGGCCGAUCCUAUAUUGUCUGGUACACUUUUGUAUCUAAUCCCUCCGGGAUUGGUUCGUAUCGGCAAACAUUCCGGGCAGGAAAGUUCUUCCAAAAGUUUGGAUAUCAUGUUGGAUGGACCGCUGGUUAGACCUUUACACUGUACCAUUGAAAAUAAUAAUGGAAAACUUGUACUAUCGUCGGAGGUGGAUGGGGACACGUAUGUCAAUGGACAGAUUAUAACUGGUAAAGUUAUUCUCAAGCAUGGCGAUCGUCUCGUGAUCGGUGGAAAUCAUUACUUUAAAGUCUUGAAUCCGCACAACGAACGCAACAAUGUACAAAUUUCUGCGCAAGCUGUGGAUUACGAAUUUGCUCACCAAGAAAUUCUUAAAGUACAAGAGGAAAAGCUGAGAGCUGAGUUGGAGGAGAGUAAGCAGAAGGCAAUAAGAGAAUUAGAAAGCGCGAAACAAGAAGUUGAAAUGCAAUUAGGGUCUCAAAAGUUAACGUACGAACGUAAAAUUGAAAUUCUUGGCUCUACGGUUGAAGAGCAAAAAUUUGCAUUAGAAAAGAUUCAUCAGAAAAAGAAAGAAUUGGAAUUGGAAAAAGAAUUGCUUGUAAGCGAAGUUGAAGUAAAUAAUAGAUUAAAGCAGAUACAAUUACAGCAAAAGAAAGUUACCGUUGCGCCGUAUAAAUCAAAUUUUUUACAAGAAUUGGAAAAUAUUUUAACUGAAAAAACAGCCGACGCUGAAUUCGCGCUUAAAAUGAAAGCCAGCACAGAAGCAAUAAGCGAAGGAGGUAUCAGUCUGCAUGAAAUGCAAUUAUUGGUGAAAGAAGCUACUGAACGGUGCAGAGAAGUUGGUAUUAAUUAUGAAUUUGAUCAGCAGCAAAUAAUUGUAAAUAAAAGUCUGAAACCAGUGAUUCGUAUACGUAAUAAAGAUUCUAUGAAAGAAACAUUUUGGGAACCAAUGCGAUUUUUAGAUUGGGUUCAUCAUUUGCGAGAUUAUGAUAUCGAAGAUUCGAUAAAAGAACUGUGUACAACGUCAGAUGAAACUUGGGAAGCCUAUGAAAAUACGGAAACAUUUGAAGAUUCCUUAAACAGCAGUCGUAUUUCGAUAAAUAUAACUCCGGUGAAGAAACAUUUAAACGAGAGUUUGCAACAGCUUACUUUCGAAACAUCUUUUCUAGGAAACACAUUUGUUAAUCAAACAUUUGACAAUUCCAAAGAACAAGAAACGAUAAACACUUGUCUUACACAAAUGGAGCUUACUGCGAAAACUUUGCGCAGAUUGUGUGCAAGAAAUGACAGAAUUGAAACGGUUACGGAAUCUCUUAAUGAAAUGCAAAAUAUCAUUGACAGAUUGCGCGAAACUUUAGAAGUAAGAAACUUAAGCGAGUACACAAACGAAAGUGCAAAUUGUGUACAAAAUUGUGAUGAUAGUACUGUGAUUGAAAAGUCUGAUAACAAAAAUUUAACACUCAUAGAAGAUUGUAGUAAAAUCUUCGCCUCGCCGAUAAAGUCUACUUUACGUAACAAUACUAGAGGUUUUGACAAAAUCAGCCAAAAGAGUGUCAGAUUUACCGGUAAAUUGAAGAAAGAAGUGACUUAA